CCAGGGGGAACACGUCCCCUUACCAUAUGGACAUUAUCUGCUUCCCCUGUCGAGCCUUUCGUUACUACAGGUGGUUACUGGAGUCUGUGCAUAUUCGAUUGCAAGCUAUGGCGCACAUCGUCCCGGCGCCGGCUCUCCGCACCUCCGUCACACGUCUGGAGCUUCGCGCUCGUAGCAACAGCACGCAAGACUCAACUGCGCAGGUGAGGAGCCUCCCAACGAACCAGGUAUCGCGAAUUGUUUCCCAGAAUUUGCUUAGCUCUGCGGCUGAGUUUAGAGCGUUCGUGAGUAGCAGAGGGAGUGUUGGUGAUGGAGUGAGACGCUCCAGAGGGGCCGGAGUGUUUGAAGUUCGCGCAAAGAUUGAGGUAGACCCGAAGCUCGGUGUGUCGGUGUAUAAACCCGCAUCUUACGAGACUUUGGUUGCUGACGCUGCGAAGUCACUCAGCUAUGGCCUGGAAGAUGGUUUGAAACGGCUUGAAAUUGACUUUCCGCCGCUGCCGAGUUCGGUGUCUGGAUACAAGGGCGCGUCGGAUGAGUUUAUUAAUGCUAAUAUUCAGCUCGCUCUGGCGCUCGCGCGCAAAGUCCAUGAACUCCGUGGAAUUUCCUGUCGCCUAGUUUUUCCUGACAAACCGGAGAAGCGGAAGGCGGUGAGGUCUUUUGGAUCGGCCAUUGAGAUGACAGGCUGUGUCUCUGUGGGAUGCCUUGACGACGUGCCCGGUGGCGCGGGAAAAUCCCUCUGGGGAAGCGUCCGGAAUGCUUUUGAUUUUGAUUUUGGCGAAGAUGUUGAAGGAAAGUUUGAGUCGUCCCAGGAGCCCGGAUUGUGCAUAGUUUUGAAUUGCAGCACGGCGGAGCUUCCGGCCGUUGAGGAGUACGUGAAUUGCUUCUGCAAAGAUACUCCCGUUGUGCUUUUCAACCUUGAGACCGACACCCUGCGUGCCGACCUUGGAUUACUUGGAUUCCCUCCCAAAGAUUUGCAUUAUCGCUUCCUGGCGCAGUUCCUACCUGUAUUCUAUGUUCGGAUCCGAGAUUACUCAAAGAGUGUCAAUGUAGCACCAUUCAUCCUAAAUUACAGUGGAGCAUUGCUUCGAAUGUAUCCCGGACCAUGGCAGGUAAUGCUUAAGCAAACAGAUGGAUCGUAUGCCUGCGUGGCUGAGGCGCCAGAAAGGUUCACUCUUGGACAAACAAAAGAGGAAUUGCUAAUCUCGUUAGGAUUACAGGAAGUAGCUGGCAGCACCAUGGAGUUCCUGCGUAGAGGAUACAAGACAGCGACGUGGUGGGAAGAAGACACGGAAGAGGAAGAAUCCGCUGCGUGGAGGUCUUAAUAAUUUUCUGCACCAGCUCGUCGAUUUUGCACCGAUGCAAGCUUAGCGUUCUGAGCCUUAUUCAGUAGGUGUUGAGUGUCGCUGUAUUAUAGGUAGCCGCUCGUAGUGAAUAGAUUGUUUGAAUGGCUUACGAAGUGGAAGUGAUCUGCAGAGUAUUAUCGAUUUAAUCUACAAAAAUAUUUAACUAUCAUCAUUUUCAUGAUGUAAACUUGGUAAACGAGAGUAGGAGACAUGAUGUUUCACGUUGUACUGUACCCUUCAAGAAAUGAGAAAAGAGAGAUUGCACCUCGGCACUUUGUAGAUUAUUUCCACA